AUGCGUGAAGUAAUCUCCGUCCAUGUUGGUCAGGCCGGUGUCCAGAUUGGUAACGCCUGCUGGGAGCUCUAUACUCUCGAACACGGACUCAGUCCUGACGGUCGUCUUGGCCCCGACUCGCCAUCUCACUCCGAUAGUGGAUUCUCAACCUUCUUCUCGGAGACUGGCUCAGGAAAACACGUCCCACGUUCCCUCUAUGUGGAUCUCGAGCCCGGUGCAAUAGACGAUGUCAAGACAGGUCCCUACAGGUCGCUGUUCCACCCAGAAACCAUGAUUUCAGGCAAGGAAGACGCUGCAAACAACUACGCCCGUGGCCACUACACAGUCGGCAAGGAGCUCAUUGACCCUGUUAUGGACAAGCUGCGCCGUCUCGCUGACAACUGCUCUGGCCUUCAGGGCUUCUUCGUCUUCCACUCCUUCGGUGGUGGAACCGGUUCAGGAUUCGGUGCUCUGCUCAUGGAACGUCUUUCCACCGACUAUGGCAAAAAGUCGAAACUGGAGUUCUGUGUGUAUCCUGCCCCCCAACUCUCCAGCUCCGUCGUCGAGCCUUACAACUCCGUCCUGACGACUCACACAACCCUUGAGCACUCCGACUGUUCAUUCAUGGUUGAUAACGAAGCCAUUUAUGACAUCUGCAAGACAAAACUGGGCGUUGCUUCCCCUAGCUUCUCGAACCUAAACAGGUUGGUUGCGCAAGUUGUCUCGUCAAUCACCGCCUCUCUCCGCUUUGACGGUUCUCUGAACGUCGAUCUGAACGAGUUCCAGACUAACUUGGUCCCUUUCCCCCGUAUCCACUUCCCUCUUGCUACUUACGCUCCCUUACUGUCCGCUGAGAAGGCUACCCAUGAACAGAACUCUGUAGCAGAGAUGACUUUCUCUUGCUUCGAGACUGGCAACCAGAUGGUAAAGUGUGACCCUAAGGAGGGUAAAUACAUGGCCUGUGCCCUACUCUACCGUGGCGACGUCGUUCCUAAGGAUGUUACCGCUGCUGUCGCAACGAUCAAGACCAAGAGGACCAUUCAAUUCGUUGACUGGUGCCCCACCGGUUUCAAGCUGGGCGUCUGCAACGAACCUUCAGCAUGCGUACCCGGUGGUGAUCUUGCUAAGACAACUCGCAGUCUUUGCAUGCUUUCGAAUACCACCGCUAUUGCUGUUGCAUGGAAUCGCCUUGACUACAAAUUCGAUCUCAUGUAUUCCAAACGUGCCUUCGUGCACUGGUAUGUCGGUGAGGGUAUGGAAGAAGGGGAAUUCUCUGAGGCUCGUGAAGAUCUUGCAGCACUCGAGAAGGAUUACGAAGAAGUUGGUACAGACUCCGCUGACGCGGAAGAGGACGGUGAAUAUUAG